UCGGCGAGUAUGGUUGUUCUGGUUCGGGAGGUAGAAUGCCCGUUUAAGCAUGUACCUUAUUAGUCAUUAAGGACAUAUAUGAGAAAAACCAAAAGUUAUAGGGGGUGGAAUGCAAAUAUCCCCACCUUACCAAAAUCCGAUUUUGGGCGCACAGUAAACAAACAUUUCAGUUAAAAGUAUCUUCCCAACGCAUCCCAAGUUCAGUUUUUUAACUUCAACAUUCUGCUAUAAUUAGCAGCAAUACCAUGUGGGUGGCUCCCCAAAUUUGCCACUGAUAUCAUAAUAUCGCCAUCUCCAAUUGCGUCGAUCUUCCUAACUGAAACCCCUUUCCGAUUGAAUUUCAAUAGACAUGUCAAUUGUCACCACUAGUUGCUCUUUGCUCCCUCAGUUCUGCACGAAUGAUAUUCCAUCUUCAACUUCUUCUAAACCCUAUCGCUUCAGUGCGAAUCCGAGAACAUGUCGAAUCAGAUGUCAAUCAACAAGUACAGAUGAGAAGACAAAUAAGAGUAGGAAUGUUUUGGAUAACGCAAGCAAUUUAUUGACUAAUUUCUUGAGUGGUGGAAGCAUAGGUUCCAUGCCUGUAGCUGAAGGUGCUGUGUCUGAUUUGUUUGGAAAACCUCUUUUCUUCUCUUUGUUUGACUGGUUCAUAGAGCAUGGCUCAGUUUAUAAACUUGCUUUUGGUCCAAAAGCAUUUGUAGUUGUAUCAGAUCCAAUUGUUGCCCGAUAUAUUCUUCGUGAAAAUGCAUUUUCAUAUGAUAAGGGAGUUCUUGCUGAUAUUCUGGAACCAAUUAUGGGGAAAGGGUUAAUUCCUGCUGACUUGGAGACUUGGAAGCAAAGGAGAAGAGUUAUAGCUCCUGGAUUCCACACCUUAUAUCUGGAAGCCAUGGUGCAAAUGUUUGCCAAUUGUUCAGAAAGAACAAUAUCUAAACUCGAGAACCUUCUAGAAGCAAAAAACUCACAAGGAGAACAUGAGAUCGAGUUAGAUCUCGAAGCUGAAUUCUCAAAUUUGGCACUUGACAUAAUCGGUCUUGGUGUUUUCAAUUAUGACUUUGGUUCUGUCACAAAAGAAUCUCCUGUCAUUAAGGCAGUAUAUGGUACACUUUUUGAAGCUGAACAUCGUUCUACAUUCUACAUUCCUUACUGGAAAUUUCCUUUAGCUAGAUGGCUUGUUCCAAGACAAAGAAAGUUUGCAAAUGAUCUCAAGAUUAUUAAUGAUUGUCUCGAUGGUCUUAUAAAAAAUGCAAAAGAUACAAGACAGGAAACAGAUGUUGAGAAAUUGCAACAAAGGGACUACAAAAAUCUUAAAGAUGCGAGUCUUUUGCGUUUCUUGGUUGACAUGAGAGGAGUUGAUGUUGAUGAUCGUCAAUUACGAGAUGACUUGAUGACAAUGCUUAUUGCUGGGCAUGAAACAACAGCUGCUGUUCUUACUUGGGCUGUCUUCCUUCUUGCUCAACAUCCAGACAAAAUGAAGAAAGCACAAGCUGAAAUCGAUACAGUCAUCUCAGAGGAUGGAAUAACCUUGGAGUCCCUUAAAAAACUAGAAUACGUUAGACUCAUAAUUUCUGAGAGUUUACGUUUAUACCCUCAGCCUCCAUUGCUCAUCAGACGUUCUUUAAAAUCAGAUAUAUUACCAGGAGGUUAUAAGGGUGAUAAAGAAGGAUACCAAAUUCCUGCUGGAACAGAUAUAUUUAUUUCAAUAUAUAAUCUCCAUAGAUCUCCAUACUUUUGGGAGAAUCCCAAUGAAUUUGAACCAGAAAGGUUUCUAGUUCAAAACGAUAACAAUAAUAUUGAAGGGUGGGCUGGUUUUGAUCCAUCUAGAAGCCCUGGAGCUCUGUACCCAAAUGAGAUUGUAUCAGAUUUUGCUUUCUUACCAUUUGGUGGAGGACCUAGAAGAUGUGUAGGAGAUCAGUUUGCGUUAAUGGAGUCGACAAUAGCUUUAGCGAUGCUAUUAUGGAAGUUUGAUGUGGAGUUGAAAGGAUCGCCGGAAUCUGUGGAGCUUGUCACCGGAGCAACCAUACAUACGAAGAACGGACUCUUCUGUAAACUCAAGAACAGAUCCCGCAGAGAAGAUUGAAUUCAGGUCUAAGAGGUCGUUUGAUUGGGUUUUGUGGUUAAAGAAUCCCAAUCAACAACAACGAGGAGGUGGAAGCUUUCCAUCAUGUUAAAAGUGAUAAGAUGGAUGAAAGAGUUGAAGAUGUUUCUUCAAGGAGUUUGAUGUAAGGCAAUAUGUUAAACAAAGAAAGAGUGGUAUACUUGAAUCGGAAAAUCUUGUGAUUCAAGUAAAACAAUUGAAAAAGCUUUGCCUUUUGACACCGAAAAGAAAACAUGUAGUCUCUUCCCUAUCUUAAUCUUCUGGAAAUUUGGCAAGAUUGGCUCCUUACCUGUCUACUUUUUCAGAUUUAGGAAUUCAUUUGUAUUCAUAUCUCAAAGUAAGAAAUACUCUCAAAAGAGUAAUUUCUUCAACAUUUCUAUAGAGUCAAACUUAUAUGAGGGGAAAUAGAGAACUUUAGCGAAAGGGAUGAAAAGCCAAAGUUAUAGAGUUUUUUGCAUGUAUUAUUUCUAUAAUAGUAAUACUUUAUAAUUUCUGAGGGGUUUAAAUCAUAAUAUACUAACAAAUAUGAGUUGAAAAAAACAUUUUCAUACCCAUAUUGGAUGUCGUUUUGGUCAAUAAUCAAUUUCUCCAUUCUAAUUCAUCUAAACUUUUUAAAUAUUAGACCAACAAGGGAUAUAUAAUAAUUAAGCAUGUAUAACCAAAAUAUUAUUAGUUAUAGAGGUGAGAGUAAUAACCAUAAUAACUGCAAAAUGGAACCAAAACCGAAUUAAUCAACACAACCGAACCAUAAUAAUCAAACCAUUUCAAAAACGAAAUCAAACCAUUUCAAAAACCAAUGGUUCACUUAUGUUUUUCUGUUAACCAAUAAGUAAUGAUUCAUUUAUGGUUUUAUAUGGAAACUGAACCAUUAUAAUCGAACCAAAAUGUAUAUAUAGUUAUAUAUGAAUUAUAAGUUAUAGAUAAAUAUUAGAGAAAAUUCAUCAAAUAACCAAAAUGAGGGAGGGUGUUUGUAGCAAAUGACCAAAAGGAAGGGGCUCUGCGGAAGUCCUUACGCUCUGAGGAAUGAGAAAAUCGCUAUGAGGAAUCAGACAAGUGUGGAAAAAGACAAAAAAAAAAGUGCUUUUACACAGUUCUGCAGAGAGGGGCUAUGCGGAAAUUAGUACGCCUCUGCGGAACGCAUGUGUGUCUGAGGAAAUGUCGGGAAAAAAUUAAUGUUUUCAGCUACCAUUUCCUCACAGAUGUACAUGCGUUUUGCAGAGACGUAUUCAUUUCCGCAAAGCCCCUCUCUGCGGAACUGUGUAAAAGCUUUUUUUUGUCUUUUUCCCCACGUGUCCGAUUCCUCAGAGCGAUUUUCUCAUUCCUCAUAACGUAAGGACUUCCGUAGAGCCCCUCUGCGGAAGUCAUGGUCAUUUAAUAAAUUUGUGUUUUUCAUGGUCAUUUGCUACAAACACCCUUUCAUUUUGGUCAUUUGAUGAAUUUUCUCUAAAUAAAGUCUAGCCAAAUUGAAAGUUCUAUAAAAUUAGCAAUUUAAAAAGAAAAGGUUGGUUCUUCGUAUUUAUGGAAGUAUGGUUGUUGAAGAAGAUUAUAAAUCAAUAAGCUAAUGUUUAAUAUCUAUGGAGCAUAUUUUUGAUUAAUUUUUUUGACAUCUACUAGUUUUUUGAAGGAGUUAGGAGGAAAUGUGUGGUAGGUUUUAGGUGUCUCAAUUAAUAGCCCAAAGAUUUAAGUAAGUUAAUAACAUAGUACUUUCUUAUUUUCAUUUUUAUAACAAUUUAUUUUCUGUUUUUUCAUUUUUAUAGAAAUGCAUUUUUCAUUUUUUAUGUAAUUUUUGGACCAUUAUGGUUAACUGAUGUUAACCGACUAAAAUCAUUAACCAAAACCAUUACUAACCGCUAACCGAUGUUUACCAAAAUUCAUUAACCGAUUAUAAUGGUUAUGGUUCAUUUAUUCCAAUAACCGAACCAAAUCAGACCAUAUACACCCCUAAUUAGUUACAUGUUUAUUUGGUUGGUAAUUUACUAAUUUUAGACAAUUUAGAUCAAUGAGUCACCAUGGGCACUGUUCAGAAAGUGAAACAUACACCAUCUUCCAGGCGAGUCAUGUAAGAUUGUAAGUGAAACAUACACCUAUCUUCCCAGCUGAG